AAUCUUUUUAAAAAGUGAAAGAAUUCUUUAAAAAGAGGAAGUUUAGGGAAGAUAAGUAACUGUUCCAGGCACACGAAACCAAACACACCCCUCCCUCACUGACACACGCUCAGAAGACACUGCAGAGACCAGAGCACAGCAAUCCACAGAGGAAAACAGAAGCAGAAGCCCAUAGUGCCUCAUCGGGAACCGGGAGCUGUCACUGGCCAGGACAGAGCCAGAGGCAGGUCCCAGCCCCAGGCCUGGAUCCAGCUGCUCCUCCUGCCUCUGCCCGCCCGAGGGGCUCCCCAGGACCGCUGCUGCUGCUGGGCCAUGGUGAAGAGCUGCAGGGGCUGCCAGGGACCCCCUCGCUGAGCGCAGCCCCUGCCAGGAGCUCCAGCUCCUCCCGGGAGAAGAAAUAGCCACAAUGCAAAUGAAAGGCACAACCCAAUUCAGCUCCUUCAGGAAUGACAGCAACUGCACCAGUGACAGCAGGAUCAGCCAAGUCAUCUUCCCCUUGCUCUACACAUUUCUGUUCCUGGUGGGGACCACCAUGAAUGGCCUGGCAAUGUGGGUCUUCUUCAAAAUAUCCAGUAAAUCCAAUUUCAUUAUCUUCCUCAAGAACACUGUGAUUUCUGACUUCCUCAUGAUCCUGACUUUUCCGUUUAAAAUCCUCAGUGAUGCAAAGCUGGUGUCCUGGGUGUUGCGAGGGUUCGUGUGCCAGGUCACCCAGGUAGUGUUUUACUUCACCAUGUACAUCAGCAUCCUCUUUCUUGGUCUGAUAACUAUUGAUCGCUAUCAGAAGGCCACUUCCCCAUUCAGAACAUCCACUCCACGCAGCCUGUUAGCUGCCAAGAUCCUGUCCACAGCAAUCUGGGUAUCAAUGUUUGCUCUCUCGCUACCCAACAUGAUCUUAAAUAAUAAGAAGAAAACACCCAAGAACGUGAGGAAGUGUGCCCUCUUGAAAUCAGAGUUUGGCUUAGUCUGGCAUGAAAUUGUAAACUACAUUUGUCAGCUCAUCUUCUGGGUGAACCUAGCAGUCAUAGUGGUGUGUUACAUCCUCAUCAGCAAGGAACUGUACAAAUCCUACAAAAGAACACGAAGCACAGGGAAGGCAUCUAAAAAGACUGUCAAUUUCAAGGUUUUCAUAAUAAUUGCUGUGUUCUUUAUUUGUUUUGUGCCAUUCCACUUUACCAGAAUCCCCUACACCCUGAGCCAAACGAGAGAUGUGUUUGACUGCUCUGCUCGGAACACCCUGUUCUACCUGAAGGAGACCACGCUGUGGCUGACGUCCCUCAACGCCUGCCUGGAUCCGUUCAUAUACUUUUUCCUUUGCAAAUCAUUCAGGAAAUCCUUGCUGGACAUGCUGUGCAAGCACAGGGCAGGGGCAGGGCUCGGGGCACAGGCGAAGGGGCAGAACGAGGGGGAUGACACUGACGAGACGCCGCUCUAGAUCUCGGGGCUCCUUCCUGGCCACACACCUCACCGAGGCUGGCAGGAGCACUGAUCCAUGAGGAACAUCCAGAACUCCACCCAUUUCUUUAGAAAUAACCCUGCAGAUGGAAGCACGAGCCUCCUGGAGCCACCACCACUGCCUGCAAAAACAGAGAGCUAAAUACCAGAGGAGUCCCUCUGCCCCCAACCUCCACGCCUGUCAGGACUGCUGGGAACAAGUCUGAGCUCAAAGGUGGAACUGUGAGGAAAAGCUUAAAACAGAACCAUGACAUGCUACAGGUGAUACCAUGAACUGUAAAGAUUUUGCAAAAAUAGCUAAACUUGGGCCAGAGUAAAGUUCACGACAACACAAGACCUGAGAAAUGCAGGCAAAAUCCACAGUAGAUGUGAUUUUUCACUACGGGGAGUUGUCACCUUGUAUGCAACUGGCAGACAAACAGAAACCUAGAGACAGCCAUUUGGGCAGAUUUUGGUAACAGAAUAACACUUUGCUUAUCUCAUUCUAUGCUUGCAGUUCCUAAUCCAUUGACCAAUAAUUAAUAGUUGUAUUUCAGAGGAAAUUAUUUAAUAAUCAGGCUUAUCUUGAUAUUACUAAAUCCCCAAAUCCUUACCCUUACUAUAUAAAUAAACAAAACUGUAUGUUUUCA